AAUUUGGCAGCAUUUUGUAGUUUUGCGGUCCGGAGCUGAAUAAUGCAGCAGAAAUGGGAUGGGCAUACACUGCGAAGAAGAAGAAGAAAUAGCCGUUGGGACUUUGGGUUGCGGACAGACCAGAAAAUCAACAUUGAAGAAAAGAACAAAUAAAUGUGCAUAGUUUAUUGUAAGGAGAAAAAGAAAAACUAGCCGUUUGUCUUUGCAAUGAAAACUAAGAAGCAACAAGAGGUGGGGUUGUACUGUAACUCCACACCCACCUGACAAUUGUCUGUCUUCAGUUUUUGCUCUUUCUUCCCAACCCAAGAUUCCUCACCCCGCGCGCCCCACUCACUCAUCCAACUCUUUUUCCUUUGUUACUCUCUUCUCUCUCACAAUACCAAUCAGUUUUGUUUGGGUCUUAUGGACACUCACCAAGUAAUAGUGAUAAUAAUCAAUCAAAGUCUCCUACUUUUUCUUCUUUAGUUCACUCCACCUUCUUUCUUGCUCCUACUAUUAUUCCAUUUUGCUGUAAUGGAGGACAAGAACCUGACCUCAAAAUGGUUUUUUAACCCCAACCCAAGUAGUCAUUUUUUCCAGUUGUUUUUCUGUUUGUGGAUUCUCAUGGUGCCAGUGGUGGCGAGUGAAGAGCGUUGGGAUGGGGUGGUUGUGGCACAGUCAAACUUCCUAGCACUUGAAGCGUUGAAGCAAGAGCUGGUUGACCCUGAAGGCUUCUUGAGAAGCUGGAACGACACUGGCUAUGGAGCUUGUUCUGGAGCUUGGGUUGGUAUCAAGUGUGCUCGGGGACAGGUUAUUGUGAUCCAGCUUCCAUGGAAGGGUUUGAAGGGCCACAUCACUGAGAGGAUCGGCCAACUUAGAGGGCUUAGAAAGCUUAGCCUUCACGACAACCAAAUUGGUGGUUCAAUCCCUUCAGCACUUGGACUUCUUCUCAACCUAAGAGGGGUUCAGCUCUUCAACAAUAGGUUCACAGGGUCCAUCCCUCCUUCGUUAGGGUCAUCAUUUCCUUUGCUUCAGUCUUUGGACCUCAGCAAUAACUUGCUCACUGGGACAAUCCCCAUGAGCCUUGGGAAUGCCACUAAGCUUUAUUGGCUUAACUUGAGCUUUAAUUCCUUGUCUGGCCCAAUACCAACUAGCCUAACUCGCUUAACUUCUCUCACCUACUUGUCUCUUCAACACAAUAAUCUCUCGGGCUCUAUUCCUAACACAUGGGGUGGUAGCUUGAAAAAUCACUUCUUUCGCCUUCGAAAUCUGAUCCUAGAUCAUAACUUGUUGAGCGGAAGCAUUCCUGCUUCUUUGGGGAGCUUGAGUGAACUUACAGAGAUUUCUCUUAGUCAUAACCAGUUUAGUGGAGCUAUCCCAGAUGAAAUAGGAAGCCUUUCUAGACUAAAGACAGUGGAUUUUUCUAAUAAUGACUUGAAUGGAAGCUUGCCUGCUACUCUCUCUAAUGUUUCCUCACUCACUCUCUUAAAUGUAGAGAACAACCACCUUGGCAAUCCCAUCCCAGAAGCUUUAGGUAGAUUACAUAAUCUUUCUGUUCUAAUUUUGAGCAGAAACCAAUUUAUUGGCCACAUACCUCAAAGUGUUGGAAACAUUUCAAAGCUUACACAGCUUGAUUUGUCACUGAAUAAUCUCAGUGGAGAAAUUCCAGUCUCCUUUGACAAUCUGCGUAGUCUUAGUUUCUUCAACGUUUCUCAUAACAACCUCUCUGGUCCAGUUCCAACCCUACUUGCCCAAAAAUUUAACCCAAGCUCAUUUGUGGGGAAUAUUCAACUAUGUGGCUACAGCCCUUCAACCCCAUGUCCCUCCCAAGCUCCUUCUGGUUCACCUCAUGAAAUAUCAGAACACCGUCAUCAUAAGAAACUAGGCACCAAAGACAUAAUUCUCAUAGUAGCUGGAGUGCUCCUUGUAGUUCUGGUAACAAUUUGCUGCAUUCUGCUAUUCUGCUUGAUCAGAAAAAGAGCAACAUCAAAUGCAGAGGCUGGCCAGGCCACAGGGAGAGCAUCUGCAUCUGCAGCUGCUGCCAGGACAGAAAAAGGAGUUCCUCCCGUCGCAGGCGAAGCCGAAGCGGGUGGCGAGGCCGGAGGCAAACUAGUCCAUUUUGAUGGACCAUUGGCUUUUACAGCUGAUGAUCUCUUGUGUGCAACAGCAGAGAUAAUGGGAAAGAGUACAUAUGGAACUGUGUACAAGGCUACAUUAGAGGAUGGAAGUCAAGCUGCAGUGAAACGUUUGAGGGAAAAGAUCACUAAAGGUCAGAGAGAAUUCGAAUCUGAAGUUAGUGUUAUAGGAAGAAUUCGACACCCAAAUCUUUUGGCAUUAAGAGCCUAUUACUUAGGACCCAAAGGAGAAAAGCUUUUAGUAUUUGAUUACAUGCCUAAUGGAAGUCUUGCUUCUUUCCUACAUGCUCGUGGACCAGAAACAGCAAUUGAUUGGGCAACAAGGAUGAAAAUAGCACAGGGAAUGGCUCGUGGCUUGUUAUACCUUCAUUCCAAUGAGAACAUUAUACAUGGGAACCUUACGUCCAGCAAUGUGCUGCUGGAUGAGAAUACGAAUGCUAAAAUAGCUGAUUUUGGUCUUUCUCGGUUGAUGACAACUGCAGCUAAUUCUAACGUGAUUGCCACUGCUGGAGCAUUGGGAUACCGAGCACCCGAGCUCUCGAAGCUUAACAAAGCCAACACAAAAACUGAUGUAUACAGUCUUGGUGUCAUCUUGUUAGAACUCCUAACGGGGAAGCCACCUGGUGAGGCUAUGAAUGGCGUGGAUUUACCUCAGUGGGUUGCAUCCAUUGUCAAAGAGGAGUGGACAAAUGAGGUCUUCGAUGUAGAGUUGAUGAGAGAUGCUUCAACAUAUGGCGACGAGAUGCUGAACACGUUGAAGCUUGCUUUGCACUGUGUUGAUCCUUCUCCAUCAGCACGACUAGAAGUUCAGCAAGUCCUUCAGCAGCUUGAAGAGAUUAGACCAGAGAUAUCAGCAGCCAGUUCGGGUGACGAUGGAGCCAUUCCUUCGACUAGUGAAUGAAUAUUGGGUGUGCUAUGUGGACAAUUUUUUUGUUUACGUUUCUCUUUAGGACUAACGGGGUAGUAGUGGUGGCACGGUAGGGACAGUCUAUUCUUUCAUUCUUACAUUGAUUUUUGCUUGUUUGGAGUGCCUAGUGUAUCUGUACAUACUGUGCUUUCAAAUCAGCAAGUGUUAUCUUUAACACUUCAUUAAUUCAUUUCAUAAUAGAUGAUUGCUGCGGCGUUUUAACAUUAA